CCAGCGCCGAGCAGCCGCAGCCAGCGCUGCGCAAGUGACAGUGAACAUGGUGCCCCGCCGUUCGCGACGCUUCUUUGUGGCCAGCUAGCGGUGCUUCCCGACGUGUCUCGAGUGUGCGUGCACCAGUGACCAUGGUGGGUUCCUGAUCGACGUCGUAACCCGGAGUUACCGCACCGGUGCCGCUCAAUCGGCCCCAGGAAACACAACGACGCGCGUCAUGGAUGUGGUCGGCGAGGACCAAGCGCUGCAGGCGGUCUUGGGCCGAACUGACUUCGGCGGCAUCGACAACGACGCCCUCGACUUCAGCCAGUUAGAAGACUACAUCAACAACGACGGGAACAUCUACUUCCACGAUGAGCUGGUGAGUGGUGAGACCCCGACGCCUGGCAAGCGACCGUGCGCUCCCGCCCCGCCAACACCGGCUGGCUCCGGCCUCGGCUCUCUGGGGCAGCGCGACGCGCUGCCUUCCGUGGCCGCUCUGCUGCACGGCGCUCUCUCGCCGGCAGAGGCCGCCACCAGCGCACCCCAGCCUACGGCAAACUCCGGCCAAGCACACGGGAACGGUAGCCGGCAGCACCUACUUCCGGAGAGUCCACCUGACAGUGGCUCCGAGCCUCCCUUCUCUCCAAUAGCAGAUGCAGCAGAUGGGACAAAGGUGACCAGUUCCGGCCACGUGAUGCAGUCGUCGCCGAGGCAGGUUCCUCCGAUUCUGCCACUACAUCUAUCCUACCACCAGACAACAGCAGCAGCCUCGGUGCAACACCAGCAACCUCCACCAUCACAUCUUGGUGCCACGCAGGCCCCUGGAGGAUUCCAGACCAGGGACCCAACUGGGACUGCCAGUGGUCAUGGCUUGCAGCUCCUGCCUGGUAAUCUUGCCACUGACAGCGAGCAGCAACAGCAACAGUUACUCAGCAUGCUCAGCAUGCCUCCUCAACAGUCAUCCGUUGUACCACUCUACAGAAGGUUCCUCCAACAGCAGGCACACCUUCAAGAUCUGGAAGACUUGGGCCGCGAUGAUUUCAUACGUGAAGAGAUUCCUGACUGCUCAGGUAGCUCAAAUCCUAAGCGAAGACGGCUGUCUGAUGCGGGUCAAUCCAAUGGCCUCGUGCAAGUGAAGCAGGAACCAGCUGGGCCUGCAGCGACAGCAGUGGCAUCGUCAGCAGCAACAGCAGCGGUGGCAUCUGAUGUUGCCACACCUACGCUGUCGCUUGUGGAUGAUGAGUGCAGCUAUGAUGCUGCUGCAGGUGGUUCGCUCGAUGGGAGUGGCUUUGCGGACUCUAAUGUGCCCUGCAUUAGCUUCCAAAACUUCCAGGAGCACACCUGGCUCCCACUCCAUGACAGGACUCUCCAACCACUGCAGCAAGUUGUCUUUCGAGCCGAUGCUGACAAGGGCUUCAACUUCAGUGCCGCAGACGAGGCACAUGUUUGCCAGAAGAAAAACCACUUCCAGGUCACUGUGCAUGUUCAGGCUUUCGGGGAUCCUGCCUAUGUCAAGGUCCCCGAUGGACGUCUGCAAAAGAUUGAUGCCUUCUACCUGCACUUCUUUGGUGUCAAGAGGGAGUCGCCAUCACAGACAAUCAAGGUGGAACAGUCACAAGCUGAUCGCACCAAAAAGCCUUUCUAUCCCCUUCCGGUUGACUUGAGCAAUAACCAGGCUGUGAAGCGCACAAUAGGAAGGCUGCACUUCAGUGAAACAACAUCCAACAACAUGCGCAAGAAGGGAAAGCCAAACCCAGACCAGCGCUAUUUCUACCUGGUGGUCAGCUUAUGUGCCCACUGUGGUGAUGCCGUCUACACCAUUGCAGCACAGUCCUCUCAAAAAAUCAUUGUGCGAGCCUCCAACCCGGGCCAGUUUGAAAGUGACAUGGAGUUAACCUGGCAAAAAGGAUCGACGCACGAUGCCAUCUAUCAUUUGGGCCCUGUUGGAAUAAACACUGAAAGAACUGAUGAGAAGCUGGUUGUUAAUGGAAAUAUAUUGCUGUCAGGCCAUCUCAUUCAGCCAUCCGAUGAACGAGCAAAGUCAGAUGUCGUUGAGCUUGACACCAGAGAACAGCUAAAAAAUGUGGCAAACAUGCGCAUCUAUCGCUACCGCUACAUACCCGAGUAUGUGGAGCAUGCAGGCCUUAAAGAAGCGACGGACACCGGUGUGUUGGCACAAGAAGUCCAGCAGAUUCUUCCUGAUGCUGUGCACGAUGGUGGUGAUGUGCUGCUUGGCAACGGCGACUGUAUCGAGGGCUUCCUGGUUGUCAACAAGGAGCGCAUUUUCAUGGAAAAUGUUGGGGCUGUCAAAGAACUCUGCAAGGUGACCGACAGCCUUGGGACUCGAAUUGAUGAGCUGGAAAAGAUGAACCGUGCACUCAACAAAAUUAAACGAGUUGACAGUGUCAGGUCCUGUUCCAGCAGUAAUAGCACAGUUGUCAGUCGCAGUUCCUUCCCCUCAAGGAGGAAUGCAUUGAGGGGCAAGAAGAAACAGGAAAAGCCCUUCUGCAGCAACAAGCUUGUUCAAGGGACCAUAACCAUUCUCAUACUUGUCAUGGCAUUCUGCUUGGCUGCCAUGGCAUCAUUGUACAUUCUCGAAUGGCAGCGAAGGAAUGAUCUGGUAGCAAGUAGUUCAAUCAAUCGUCAUGUAGUGCCUGUAAACAGUAGCAGCCAAGCGGAACAGGGUACAAAAGGACACAGCAACUCUGUUGACAAUGCCACUAAGUACAAGGACCCAGCAGACUCAACCAAACUUCUUCAUGAUGAAAAUGAGCCCAAACUGCCACCCACCUCAAGACGGAAAGGAACAGACUCAAGCAAUGCGGUGCCCAUACCUUCCAAUGCUGCUGGCUCAGCAACACGAUGGACGCAGCCACCAACCACACCUACGCCUCCCUUGGCCACAACUUCUGUGCCCAUCCUGCAGCCCAAGGUGAUUGGUACACCCCCAGAGUGCUUAGAUGGCGUGCUGGCAUCAUGUACUGCCCACUGCUGUGUGGCUGCUAUUCCUGAAUCUCAAGACAGCAAUGCUCAAAGGGUGGGGCCUGCAGUUGUUACCGCCACCGAGGCCUCCAAGUCGUCAGACAAGUCCAAUAACAGUGUACCAGACUCACCGGACCUGUCCAAAGCAAAACAGCCACUGGAUGACCAGCCCUUGCUGGACCACCUGGCCGACAGUGGCAGUGGCCGGGUUUUCGUGGAUGUGCAAGACAACAGUGCCCAGUGGGGCAAGCUGGGGGUGGUGCCCACUGCCCUCGUGCCACCCACACAGCCUUCACUUGAGCUGGGAUCUCUGCCAACGGCUGUGGAAACAGACCAUGUCCAGGAUGCCGAGGUCAAGCGUGCCGAGCACACUGACAAUGGUGCUGACAGCAUCGAUGCACUGGCUUCCUCCCACCGCCGCUCAAAGGCCAUGAAUGGCAGGAAAGGGACCCACACAGUCGUUCAGUCACUUCGACUACUUGAACUCAAUGUGACACUUGGCCAGGAGUACUGCAAUACACUACAAUGUAUCCUGAGGUCUGGGCCUACAUUCAGCUACCUAGUGCCACUGUCACGUUACAUGCCUCUGCAGUAUGUUACUCUGCAGUUCAGCCUUACAGGUCCGCACAAAAUGGCAAGCUGCAGCCCUCCGGAGAAGCAGAUAGCUUGUCCAGCUCCUCUGCCAGGGCUGGAUACACGACCCAUGGCUUCAUUUCUGCCUCAAGACAGAAACCACUGGGCAGAGGAAGCUGUGCCAUCUUGGAGAGUACCAAUCGGACUUUUCCUGCAAAGCAGCUACAACUUCAGAAUUCUCAAACAAGGGGAACACUUCGAACAGCCCUGCAGCUUACCAAAGAGCAAGGCUGGCGAAUUGUUCUGGGACUACAGCAUCACAUUCCACAGGCACUGUGAGAAGUGAAGCAGGAAUCGCCACGCAUGACUCGUUAAUGCCUGAGCAGCGCAGCGAGGCACUGGUGCUCCUGCCGCGGAGAAGUGGAGCGAGUUGGUGCCCAUCUCAAAAUGGCGGACAAAUCACGGCGCAACGCCGCAACGUGUGAAGUGCUAACCGCCAGGCCGAAUGCCCCUCGACCACAACUUCAUCGCCCAAGUCAACAGGCCCACAACAUGCACAGCCUGACAAGCUGUGCUCUCACUUGAACUCUCGAGUGCCGUCAUUGUACAUAAGACUUGAGUGACUGUGCUGGAAGGCUGCAUUGUCCAUACACAUUCCGUCCAGACUAGCCACGCCACAGCUGACGAGGGUUUCACAUUGCACGUGACUGCAAUUCCACUGCACUAUAGCUGCACAGCUCGGUGUCAUUUUCGUUGGAGUACUGUAUAAAUAUUGACUCGCAAGCUCAAUACAUCACCUUCUUAAUUUUACACCCAGUCCCAUGAUAUGAAAUAGUUCACAGACAUCAAAUUUUUUGAAAUGGAGGGACUGGAUGUGUGUUUAGUGCAAGUGGAAAUUGUUCACAAGAGUGGUUUUUGGCAAAAUGUAGGCCUUGUAGAAGGCGAUGGAUGCGACGAGGCAUGGAAAAUUCAAAUGGACUGCUAUGAGUAGCAAGUCUCACAGAAAGUAGGCCUUCAUUAAAAUUAAGUCCUCCUGACAUGCAGCAAGGGUAGGAAUAAACUAGGCAAAAAAGUUGGAAAGAACCCAGCUACAUGUUACAACAAGGUGCACUGUUUACUGUGUUUGCAUGAAUGUAAUGCAGCCACAUACAUAAAGCAGCAGGCCUUACGAGGCCUGAUAAAUUUUAUAAAAAUUAAAAUUGAUGCAAUGACUCUGAUAUGGCCUGAUGCUGCACACUGCAACUCUAGCCAAGGCCUUAGAAAAGCAAAAAAAAAAAAGAAAACAAUUUGUGCAAUGGCUUUUAGAGCAGCCGUCUGUGAGGAAUUUGCUCAUUCUGUUCAUCUCCAUUUGCUCAUUGUCACUGUCCAUGUGUGAUGCCACUUAAAAGUGAAGUUUUGCACCCAUAAACUUCGCCUUGGUGCCAUCAUUGCAUUGUGCUUCAUUUUUUUCAAAUAUUGUAACUACACAGAAUAUGGAAUUCGUAACAUUUCUUUCUUUUAGCUAUCACAAAAAUGUGCUGUAGUACUUUUUAUGAUGUUUCGUCCACGGCAAGUUUCAACAACUUGUUCUUUAAAAGCCUUUCUUAAGUUGUUCAGUACACAUGACAUCUGUCACUUGGGAGUUUCAAGCAGCAGGGAAUGAUUUCUUUGGUAUAACACAGUGGUAGUCAGUGCUAAGCAGCUAGAAAAGGUUCAUUCAUAUCAUGGAAGCUUCAGGUGUCGAGUGCAGAGACAAUGGUAAACAGGUGCCUCUGGCUUGCAGAAACAGGAUAUUGGUGAAUGAUCGGGCCCCGAGACAAGGUCAUGUUCAUAGCAAAGGUUCAUGUAUUUCUUGUGGUAUAUACAGUUCUCAUCCAAGUUUAAGCUAAUGCUAUCCAUAAUAACUACAUAUUAAACCUAAAUAUCUUGUGCAAAAUUUCGACCAGGGAAGUGCAGAAAUCAUAGAUCUUAAACAUGCAAUGAUUUGAAACACCAGCUUUCAUUUUCCUUUAUUUUGGCAAGGGUUUUGUUUCCUCUUGCUUCAGUAUUAGUAACGAUUCUGUUACGUUUUAACUGCCAAAAUCAAAAUAUUUUACAUCUGCCUAAACUGAUGCACAGUAAUGCACCUCUAGAUUUAGCUCCAAUCUAUGCGUCUAGUCAAAGGAACUAUAAACAACAGAAUUAACUCAAGCUAGAGCUACAGAUUAUCCUCAGAGAAUAGCAUGCAUGCAACUUUCAAUGUAAACGGGGCUACAUUGAGCAAGAAAACCGAGUUGAAGUCAAGUAUGGAUGUCAACCAAACCAUUUUUCAGUGUUGCAGCCUAUGAUGCAAUACGGAAAUCCAUAGCAGUUGCUAUAGCUGAUGUGUUUGGAUAAGGUGCCUUUGCUCUUAACCUACACCAAACAGUGCAAAAGACACGGGUUAAGGAAAAGACUACAUACACAAGUGCCGAGUGGCAGCUAAAAGCUUUUUGCUGCACUCGGCACAAUAAAGUUGAACAGAGGUGUAGUUGUCAGGUGCAGUAGGCCACGAAAGUUUGCAGGACACAGGAUUUACGAGGAAGCUGAAUUCCCACAGAGCCUGUCCACAUAACCUCAAUUUCGAAGUUUCAGUGGGUAGUAGCCUUUGCAUCAUGCAUAGUGAUCCGUUAAGCUGGAAGCACCAUGCCUUAACAGAGUAGAAAUUGACAUUCAUCAUGGAGCCUAUGUCUAGUAGACUUUCAUGGUCGACUGUACAAGAAAGCAGUCAUCAUGGUUGCUGACAAAUAAACAGCUAGGAGAGGUGGGAUGGUGGGUUCAUUGCCAUUCCAUCAUUUAUAGCAUCUUGUUUAUGUUACGCUGCCUUACUGGUGUUGGCAAGAAUAAUGGUUGCUUCUUUCUUUCAUGCCUUUCUUAGUACCUAUAAUUAUCUGUCCAAGUUGGCACUUGUGUCACCCACCUUCUUUUUCUGUCUGUUACACUGUUCACUGUAUAGAAAUAGACCAAGUCUACACCUUGCUGACCUUGGUCCUUGCGAUCUCAUGUCUAGUUCUCCCUCCAUUUAUAUGGUCCUGUUAUGUGGCUCACAUAAAUCUUGUUAAGCUGCUCAUCCCGAGAAAAGGUAGUUGAAAGUGCGGCCUUUUUUUUUUUGCCUGCGGCUACCACUGCGUUUCUGGCAUAACAUCAUGCUUGAUAUCACCAUUCUUAUUAAAUGGCACUAAUUAAAAAAUUACUCUAUUUAAUUGCGCAAUUCUCAGUAAAGAAGGCAGUUUUUUGUGAGGUUAUCUACCCAUGUGCCCAUUUCCAGGUCCCUCCAUUGCAAGUCGCAUAAAGAGGAGCCACGCGCUCUUGCAUGUCCAGGCAUGGAAGCAGUGCAUACGAGGCAAAGUUGCUCUUACCUUGUACAGGUCCCUGGCAGGGCAAGCUUUGUGCAGGAAUUUAUAUUGAAGCAUAUAUGGCACUUCUGCUGACAGAUAACUUGGCAUGCCUCCUAAGCUUAAGUUGAGUGCCAUGAAUCUUGAUCUGCACACUUUUCCUUUUCGAUAAUUGCGGUAUUGUGGCACUCAAUACUAAAUUAAAAGAAUAUAGCUGUUCCCACAACAGUGAAAAUUCUCCAUUUCUCUAUGCUUUACAUUUGUAAAAAAAAAAAAAAAAAAAUGGUGCCCAGUGAUUCCAUGAGCAAUCAUGAUGCAAGUGGCUGCAGAAUUCUGCUAAUAAGAAGUAGUGAAAAGUUUGUUUGGUGGAACAGCAUGUCGUUAAAACAAGUAUAAAGGUCAGUGGACAUUCCCAAGCAGAAAAUCAUCUUUGUGCUUAGAGCUUGGUAUGCCAAUAGCUCAAGGCGACACUUUCCAGUUGCACCUAUUGGUGUUUAACCAGAUGAUAUGGCAGCAUAUAUGUACAUUAUAGUUCAGAGCUCAUUAAGUUUUCUCAACACAGGUAGAAAUGCUAGCACUUGUAUAAAAGAACUUUUGACUGCAUUCCAUUUUUUUCCAUGUGAAUGAAGUGAUUUCAAAGGUCUGGAACCCAUCAUCUUUUCUUUACCAAACAUUGGAGUAUGCUUCACUUGCUCCCAUCUUAAAGCAACGUGUAUAUCAGCACCCCUGACUACCAUGUUCUUCCUAAGGCAGUUUCAUGCCUGGCCCAUGUUAACACUUUCAGCUGUCGCUGCUUUCGAAAGCAAUGCAAUAGCCUGGGGACUUUUGAGGCACCCAUGGCUAGUCUUCAAUUCAAUGCAGACUUCUCGGCUUGAUAUAGUCUUAUGCUUUCUUGUAAGUGUUACAUCCCGAGGAUGCAUUGACAGUUUGAGCACAGAGUUUGCCCUUACUUCAUCAACUCGCAGGGCUCUUCAAUUUAGUCUAGAUUUAAUUCAGUGUACCUCAAUCACAGCCACUAGUUUACAGCACGACAGCCACUGUUUAGCAAAGCAACCCAAAAUACUGGUGGCUAAAGCCUCUUUCUAUACAUCAAGCCCUAUUACUAAUGGCCGCUCAACAUAACGGCCGUUAUUGUUGCCUGCACGAAUUUUUAUGCCAAUCAAAACACACAUAAGCCAGCAGCACCAACAAGCUUUGAUGUGUCGAAAGGUUGCUUGCAUCGCCAUAAAAAGUAGAGGGCCAAUUACUCAAGCAAUGACGAAAGUAAUAUGGAGCUAUGCAACUAUUGCAAGUGUGCUUAUUAGAGCAGUAGAAGGGUGUUAUAAAGGUCUUAUGUUUAAUUCUCUUUUUGAAGAGAGCUGCAGUUCAACUCGUGAAACUCUCUGCCAGAUGUGGCAUAUGGCUAUGAUCUCCCCAUUUUUGCUCCACGGUCUUUGUGGUAGACCUGGCGCUUCUCUUGACCACAGAUUGUGUGUGUGCCAUUGCAGAAAUCAUUGAUGCACAUUCAUUUUUGUUCACAGUACUAUAUAUCAUAGUGCAAUAUGACAUGCUAUGUGCAACUUAUUUUUUUCUGAGGGGGUCUCAAGGCAUGCAUGCAAAGUUUAUAUGGACACUGUAUGCUUAAACAGUGUUUGGUUGGUGGCAUCAGAAAAGUCCAUCGCUUGUGUAAAUGAGAGAGAGAGAGAGAGAGAAAAAGUAUGUGUACUCCACAUUGACUAAGAGCUCCUGCCCUUUCCAUUCCGAAAUGGGCAUUUUCUAACACCGCUUGCACUCAGCAAUUCCGGCAGUCCCAAACUGGGUCUUUCAGUCCAUGACCAUACUGCACAGGCAAAAUAGACUGUGUUAACUGUCUAGUGCCCCGACAGUUAAUGGUGCCAAAAGGCCAAGCUUAAAGAAACUAACAACCCACAAAAACGCACUAGAAGGUUAUGGUGGAAAUGACAAGAUUGUGCUUUAUGUUGAUAGAACAAUAUAUACUAUAUACAGUGAGUGAUAUUGGCAACAAUCAGGAAUGUUAAUAUUAAACCAGUGAAGAAUAACAGAUGAAGCAACACUGCUACAAAACACUAGUGCUACACAGCCUCUCCACAUGAUUACAAAUCAUUAUGCGUAACUUUGCUGUUAAGAGCAGUGCGAUGUUUGCUUGAAGUGUUCCGUCAGAUUUCAUUCGCAUUUGUGCUCUUUCCAAUACCAUGACGUAAAACGCUCAUGCUAAUAGAGAGUUUUAGUAUAGCGCAAGUGGCACCAUGCUGUACACAACAAAAUAGUGGGGUCAAACUGUGCACGUGCCAGACGCUACGACAGCUUUCCAUGCCUCCACUAUUUUUGGGAUUUAGCACGAGACACCAAUGCUUGCACGACGGUUUAGCAUGGAAAACAUGGCAGUGCCUUCGAGGAGAGAGUCGCCUGCUUCGGAUCUGUCAAGUCGUCGUCCUGUGCUGUUUGGUCUAUUCAUUACCUACAGAUGCUAGUGUUUGUCUUAGAUUUGUGUCAUGAUUGUUCAACAGCAAAAUAUUAGUGACAAUAGGGCGCCGUUUCCUAAAUCCGUCAAUUUUUCAGGGCUUUAGGCUCAGCAAAGGUAGCUGUGCUAUGCACUGUCUACAGACUCUUUAAUGGUACCGUGCAAGAGUUGACCGGCCAGCCGGUCAGCACCUUCUAACAGCGCGAAGCGACGGGAUCAGCAAGAGUAGCGCAUGCGCACCAAGUUCCCUGGUAGCGCAAGUUUCAUCUGCGAGGCUCUUUCCACCAGCACAACACAGCCCUUGGCACAAUUAACUCUGUGCAAGCUCUUAUGGGAGACAACGGCUUCCACUGAACUUUGUGCACGUGUGCAACUCUUGAUGUUGUUGCUUCGCGCGGUUAGAAGGCACCAAGCGGCUGGCUAUUGACUGCUGGCAUGGACUGUUAAAGAAUUGGAUGACUGUACAUGGCCUCCGAGCAGCAAGUCGCAUAAACAGCCUGAUCUCGAAGGCCACAGAUUACAAAUUCAUUUUGUUUGUAGUACAGAUGGCGCCACAAGAUAAUCAUAAUUUGCAGAAAACCAAAGUGCCACCAUGGUUGUUACUAAGCUCAUAAUAUAGAUACAUCAUUGGAUUAGACUGCCAUCUUAAGUAUAUUAGGCUUACUUGUGGUCUGUUAACAAUGUUGCCAUUCAUUAUAUAAAAACCCGCACAACUACUUCUGCACAAGACGCAAAUAUUGUUCUGCAUACACAGUGGAGGACAAGAGUACGGCAUAAACAUGAACAUAUAGAAUUAAAAUUUUCUGCAACAAUUCAACAGAAGUGCUGCAGUAUUGGGCACUGGGUAACAUAAGCCUUUUGUCGCACUAAACAAAUACAAGCUUAAAAGUCAGCUGUUAGGUCAUUUCCCUAAGCUCCCUCUUGCUAUUGAAAUGCACUCUUUGGCCAACAGCUGCCAGUAAAAUAUGCUGUUCUGCAUAAACAUAACGGGAAACAUGACUAUGCCAAGAAUAAUUUGUGUGGGCCAAACUAAAUUGGCUGACAGCAGCAUUAAGUAUUGGCAUCUGACACCAACUCAGAAGAAUGGCAGUUCAAAACAAGAACUGGAGUUCUCACCUAUAAACAUUAACCUUACCGCACAAUCUAGAUGCUAUAGUACAAGCUCAACUGCCCCCUUUAACAUUCCUCAAGUGUACUAGUAGCCAUGCUCAAGAGAAAUUUCUUCAGCUGUACAGCCUGCGUACGAGAACAUGCACCAUGCAAAGAACAGUACUGCAAAGUGUUUAAAUAAAUGCCUAACCAUCGCAAGAAAUGCCAGUACAUUUCAGCCAACUUUAUUGCAGACUGAAAAUAAGAACAUUUGUGUCUAAUUCGGUGAACAGCAGGAGCACUGAGAUUAAAGAUGUUGUGUACA